AUGGGUCUCUUCGACGGCCGCUCCUACUCUUCUAACGACAUCUACCUCAACCCGAACAAACACUCCUCCUCCACCACCCACCACCGCAGCUCCUCCCGCAACCGCGGCGUCUCCCCAGCGCGGAGCACAACCUCCAAAUCAAACGGCUACUUCGCGCGCCCCUCCUACGCGCGCUCCGCCAGCGGGGGCUCUUUCUUCGGCGGCGGCGGCGGCGGCAACUACAACUCCUCGAGGGGCAUCUUCUCCUCCAACUCCUCGUCAUCGUACUACAAGCGCCGCCCUCGCGACGGCUACAUCUCCUACCUCAUCCACAAAUUGCAACGCAUGAUCCGGGAUUUGUGGUCCUACGCACGUCGCCACCCCGUGAAGGCGUUCUUCGCGAUCAUCGUGCCGCUGUUGAGUGCGGGCGGGGCGAUCCAUGGGUUGAUGAGGCAGUUUGGGGUCAGGAUGCCGUUUGGGUUGGAUGGCGCGGCGAGGCGGAUGGGAGGUGGGUAUUAUGGGAGUUCGGGGUAUAGUGAGAGAGGAGGGUUUGGCGGGAGUGGAGGUGGUGGGUGGAUGCAGAAUGCUGGGGGUUUGAUGCAGAUUGCGAAGGCGUUUAUGUGA